AUGGCAGGCGCCGAGACAAUCCGCUCGGAGGCAGGGAGUCCUUGUCCCAUCCAGGAGACAGACCAGGCUGUUGACGAGUCGUCAGACGUCGACGGUGACUUUGCUUCGCGUCAAAAGAUGCUGAGCCGAAAAAGGAGGGCGGCCAAAGACAGCCCAGAGAUCGCCUACCGCCUCACUGUCUGCCCGGAACUCAGCUUGGGCGUCUUCCUCACCGUCAUUCCUGAGCGGGCCGCAAAACUAGGCCUCGAGACGCUUCCCCACGCCAAGCCCGUCGAGACGGGCCGCGCCGAUGGCGCCGUGAGCGUGCUGCUCGCCCACGUCAUUGCGACGCGGUGCCGGGGGGAUAUCAUCACUGAUGCCGAUAUGGCGUACCCAGAGGAGUGGCGAAGCCAGGCUGGGCGCGCCGCCGGUCAGGACGUUGGCCACCAGGAGGGCGGCCGGACCGUCGGUCUGCACUCGCUCGCCGUGCUGCCGCGGCUGCAGCGCUGCGGCAUUGGGCAGACAAUCGUGAGGGCCUACCUGGAUCAGAUGAAGUGCUGCGGGCUGGUAGAUCGUGUGGCGUUGAUUUGCCAAGACGUGAGUUCUCCCUUGUGUUUGGGGGGGUGGAGGGGAUGGACCUGA